AUUUUGAUAUAGAUAUGUUUAUUUUGUAACGAAACAAAACUUUGCUGGCUAGUCAUGAUCUUUCUGCAAUUGUGGUGGACGCUGAUGGUUUUGAGUGGAGGCAGUUCGCUGCCCACGCAAGAGGACGAUGGCGAGCAGCUACGCAGCUUUCAGCGAGCUGUUGAGGAUGCGCGGUUGGAGCUCCACGGUAUUAAGCCCACAUAUGGCCAGAUGAAUCGGGAAAGUGAUCAACUAUUUCGGCACAGACGUAACACCAUUGACGACAUGCUGGCAAGUUUUGCUCAGCCGAAUGAAGGUGGAACAGAGGAUGAGAACAAAUCGUUGCAAAACGCUGCCGAUGCUUGGUUUAAAAAUUUUCAGGCGGCUGCUGCAGACUCGGGCGUGAGUGCAAACGACAAGUCGGAGCGUGCAUGUAAAAAGAAUAAAAAUACGAUGAGUGACUACUCCAGGGCGAUGGAGAAUACAGAGCUGGCUAAGGUGAAGCAAAAGUACAAGGACCAGCCAGUGGACACAAUGGUAAUGCGAAUGCCCACGGAUCGCAAAGGCGGCUAUGAUGGCAACGCCUCCCCUUUGGACAUAAAGCUAAAUCGUAUACAGCAAGUACUACAUGCGGACGAUUACAAGCCGCGUAAGUUUGACAAAGGAACUAACACGGAGCUAAGCGAAAAGAAAUCGAAUGCGCCUACAUUCGAAGAUGGCGUUGUGCCGGAUGGCGUAUACGAGCAAACAAUGGCUCGACUUAACUAUCCCCACAUGCCACAAAAGAAUUUUGAACCAAUCAAGAACAAUUUAUCGCACGAGGCCAACUACAAGUUGUCCAAAAUGGAGCAGGAAGCUUCGGAGCAGCAAAGCACAAAGAUGGCCCGCUUUCCCUCAAGCAACUUGGACAAACGGAGUACAGGCUUUAACCCUAUGAACGAAAUUAAGUUGAAGACCAGUCAUCGCCUAAUGCGGAAAGGCUUGGGUCCAUCGCUGCCUAGUAAUGGGCUGAUAGAUAACCGACGUCUGCAAUAUGUCGAUGAUAUGAUUAAGAGGCGGGAACGGAACAUGGCACUCGAACAAGAACAGCAUGAGAGACAGCAGCAAGGAGAAUUUGAAGAUACAGGUAUGGAUCAAAUGUUGCCACAAUACGAUAGCUUGGGUAACAUGCAGACUAUAGACACUAUGCCAGACAAUUCUAUGGAUUCUUCGCAGAACCCUGAUUUUGAGAUACAACAAGGCUAUGACUUUCUGAUGCCAAAUUACGAACAGUUCAAGACCCCGACAAAUCAACAGCUUCCCGACUACGCUCGUAUUAAGCGUAUUGCUGCCGACUUCGAGCGUUUUAAGCGAGAGCCGAACACCAGAGCCGACCUAAAAUUGGAGGAAGGUAAAGAAGCUGCGCCAGCUUCCGGGCUCGAAGAACACGGCAAAAUAGCUCCGGAAAUAAAGGGGGAAAUCGAGAGAAACGUCAAAUCAGAAACUGACGACAUCAAAUUGGAAAAUCCGGCCAAGUUGGAGUUGCCCAUUAAGCUGGAAGGUAACAUCAAGAUAGAAAAUGUGGAACACGAUUCAGCAAUAGCCAAUAGUAACUCUGCGGUGAAGUUGGAGUCGGAAAGUAAGCUACAAGAGAGUGGCCAGGUCGAAGCCAACUUGGUUGAAAAAACGAAGGCAGUAGACAAAAAUAUAGAUGGUGAAAGGAAGUCAAGUAGCAGUGAGCUUAAUAAUAGCAAUGAGCCAAUUUCUGGGCCUAUGAGCAAAAUCGAAAAUGAAAUCAAGCCGGGGAAUGAGAAUUUAUCUCUGGACGAAGCUCAUGCAUGUGAGGUGGCCACAAAGACAGAGGACCAUGAGAAAGUUGAUUCCGAAGGAAACUCUGAUGCUGCUAUUAAGCUAAAUAUAAAACUUAAGGAGGACGUUGUGAAGCCAGUAGUUGAGGAUUCCAAACUCGAGCACAAGGAUGAGAUCCUUUUAUUAGGCAAAACGUCAGUGGAUGCCAAUACAUCGCUCAAUCCUGAUGCUGUAGUUAAGUUGCUAGCAAAUGAGAUUUCCCUUAACGAUAAGGAGCGUGGGAAACGGCACAUCAGGCGGUUAUAUCGACGUAAGUUCCACCGCCAAAAGCGUUGUAGCUGCGAUCAGGACAGUAACCAGGGAGAAUGUGGGUCCUCGGUGCGGCGACGUCAACGUCGAUCCAUUGAUGAGAGACGUCCAGAAAGUGAAUCAAAAACAAAACGCAUCGCCCGACCACUUGAUGAAUUGGACGAUCAUAAUGGCAAUCGCGUUCCUUUCGGCUCAUUGGGGAACGGGCUUCUGACAAUGCAUGCAGACGAUGUUGUGGCCCGUGAAGUGGAAGAUUCGGGGUAUCCGAAGCGACAGCAGAUAGGCUAUGAUGAUGAUACGGAAGAUGAGCAUGACUGGGAUGGAUUUUCCCGUGGAUACGAUGAGAAUCAUUUUGUAAAUGCUCAGCAUGCUGUCCCCAUGCUAAAUAAUCGAAACAUCAAUGUGAUUCAGCAACAGCAGCAGCAGCAGCAACAACAACUACCCGUGCAACAGCAACCAAUGCAACAACAGCAGCAACAACUACCCGUGCAACAGCAACCAAUGCAACAACUACCCGUGCAACAACAACAGCAACAACAGCAACAACAGCAACAAACACAGCAAGCAGCACCAUCGCAUUUUAAGGCGACCUUUAAUUUGACUAACUUUCUAAACGAGAUCGCAAAGCUGCAGAAGAAUCAUCAGCCUCAGCAGCUGCAACAGGGGCAGCAAGGGCAACAGGGGCAACAAGUGCAACAGCAACAGCCAAAUAACCAGCAGUUAAAUAUGAACCAUAAAGGCAAUCUUAAUGCGAAUAAGGUGCAACUGCCCAACCGCCAGAAUACCAUGUAUGGUUCCCAUCGUUACUUUGAGCCACUCUUCAACAAGGCCCAGCAACAGGGAAAGCAGCAGAAUAAUGGAAAUAACGCCUUUCAGCCCAAUAUGGUAGCCGAUCCUUGCCUCACAACAUCGACAGUUGCCACCGGAGACGUACAGCCGGCGUCGACACCUUCGUCACAAUCAUCCCCACCGCCGCCGUCACAGAUGACUUCCUCACCCUUAUCACCAACUACCAUAAAUCCAGACUGCAUACCUUUAAUAAAUGCCAGCACGACUGCGAAGCCAGCCGGAUCCGCCAGUAGUUUAGCACCGACUGAGCCCCAUAAUGAUAUGUGCAACAAUCCGGACAUGAUGAAGCUCAAUGUUACCGUGAACGCCACUGUCUGUGGAGAUCCAAAGACCAAACAGUUCUUUGGCAAUGGCUCGAUUAGCAUGCAGCCGGGUCUUGAGAACUCUGGCGAUGACGACAGCAGCGACAGUAAGUAUUUAUACGUAACUCCAGAGGAAUUUGCCCAGCUGACUGGUGAGGAGAGAGUGGCACGUGCGACUGAAGGCGCUGCAGAAAGCGAUCCUAAGAAGUCCAAGAAAUCUGAUAAGCGUGAUCGAAAGGCAAGAGGAAAGAAGCCGAAAAAGUCAACACAGAAAGAUUCCAAAAAUAAGGGAAAAAAAGCCAAAAGCAAUGUCAAAGACCAAGAGGCGGUGGAUAAGGAUAAAGAAAUUGCUAAGGAAAAGGAGAAAAGCGCAGCUAAAGAGGACAAGUAUAUGGCCGUCUGCCCUCCCCAUCGAAGUGGCAGCGACGAUACCAUGAAGGAGCCCUGCUCAGACAGCUUUGACAAAUUGAUAGCGGGCAAAAUGUCUGCCCAAAUUGUAGAAGCUGUCUUUGAAAUGGUUAACAAUGAUCCCAGCUUCGAUCGUUUGAUGGGCGUGCUUGAGAAGAAUCGCAAGUGUAUGCGCAAGAAAAGUAAGAAUCUAUAUCAGAUACGUGGCGAUAGCAACGAGCAGCGUAUGCAACAAGCCGAAGAUAUGAUUAAACAAACUAUGCAAGCCAUCAGUGACAUCAUCGACAAGCAGAUGCACCAACGUGCCUGUAUUCCUCUUCGACCCGAUCUCAUGGAGUUUUACGAUCUUAUUGUCAAGACAAUGGAGGAGCAAGAGAAAUGUCGCGAGAAGCGGGAGGACUCAUUGCGUGGUCUGGAUGAGGAUAUCGAUCAGGAUGUGCAGGCACUGGAUCCUAAUAAAAUCGAGCAAAAGUCACGAGUUGUGAAAAAGUUGUUGCGACAGUACGACGACCUUCCUCAAGAGGACCAGAGUGCAGUGGCCGGCGUCCGGGACGAGCUGCUAAUGGAGCUUAUCUAUUUGCGAAAAAUGGCAGAUGCUGUCGAACGAAAUCGUCGCAAUGCUCAGCUGCAGGAGGUGCUGCUAAGGACACGUAACGAUCCAGAAUUUGAGCACAGUCUGUCUGAAGAGUACUCGCCCCGGUUCAUCAAAUUACUCAAGACAGCUGAACUGUUUAGGGAGCAGCAGCAGAAACCUAUGGAUAUGCUCUGAGAUGUUUCUUCUUGCGUUUGUUUAUGUAUAUUUUAUUUAGUGCAAUUGCAAAAUAUCUUUAGUAUCCUAUAAUUGUUAAUCAGUUUUUUACAAGUAUAAA